AUGGGCGAACAUGGAAAACAACAGGACCAUCACAGCAUCACGAGCUUUCACAUGUUUCUUGGUAUUGCGGAUGACGUCAUCGCAAUCAACCGUAGAGCGGUGGAAGAGGCCUUUUACAUGGUUGCUAACAUCAUCGAUCUUGAAUGCGAAAAUGAUACCGAUUGUGACACUUUCCGACAUGGUAAUGCUAAUUCCACGUGCGUAGAAGGGCAGUGCCAGUGCCAGGAUGCGACCACCGGUAAACGGAGCGAGUGUAAACCAAGGGUAAGCAAAGCAUCCAACCUGAUCGGCGGGCAUUGUCCCUGCAUUGCGGAAAAUUCGUUUUGUCACGAAAAGUCGCAACUGUGCGUCUGCAAGGAUGGUUUCGUGCCGGACCGAGAGAGCAAGAAGUGUAUACCAGAGGGUGUUCCGUUGGGAAAACCUUGCGAGAUAGAUGAACAGUGUCUUCAGUAUGAUGAUUUUUCGCGAUGCGACGAGCAUACCCACAACUGCACCUGCUUGAAUCAUUUCAUCGACUACGACGAUAAAUGUCACUCUAUUAUCGAUGCAGGAAAUUAUUCUUGCAUAAAACAUAUCGACUGCUUUAAAUAUAUAGAAUGGUCCAUGUGUUUCGAAAAACGAUGCAUCUGUGAAACUGGCUUUGUGGCCGAUUCCGGAAACACAACCUGCCUAGGGAUUGUCAGAUACGGUGAACCGUGCCUCGAGUCGAACCAAUGCAUCGGUCAGCUCGGCGUAGGUUCACUGUGUAGCGGCGGCAAGUGUGCCUGCAACGAACAGUACUAUCCAGUUCCGCUUAAAAUACACAACGAAACCAUUAGGGUUUGCGCAAGAAAAAUUACUCAGGGAACACGUUGUAAUGACAACAUAGACUGCUACCAGCAUCAUCGCGAACCACACGAUCAAACGAUGGAGUGUUUCAUGGGUGGAUGCGUUUGCACUCCUGGCAACUACGAAAAGAAUGGCAUAUGUGUCAGUUACAGUGCGGCAUCAAACUUCCUCUUUUCGCCAGCAUUGACCGCCCUUGUGCUAUCAGUAGCUUUCUACGCUCAUCACUUGUGGAUUUAA